CCUUUGACAUAAUUGGUUCCUUCCAACAAUGGUAGAAGCAGCAUGUGUUGUGCCAGCGUGGAUAAACAACAGCUUUAGCAAACACAUUUAGCUUUAAAAUCAUUUUCUCUGUGUCACAGUGUGUUAUACACUUAUAUACGAAUCCUUUGGAAUACUGCCUUAGUUCCCAGAGCACAUCUGAUCAUGCCUCACAGAAAGAAGAAGUCGUUUAUUCAAAAGAAGAACGCUGUAACGUUUCACCUGGUCCACAGGAGCCAGAGGGACCCGCUUGCUGCAGACGAAAAGGCCCCCCAGCAUGUCCUCUUACCUGCUCACAAGGUGGAGGUGGAGAAGCAGCAUGAGGAGCAGAGGAACUUUGGUGUGUUCUUCGACGACGACUACAACUACCUGCAGCACCUGAAGGAGACCUCCCGGCCCGCGGAGCUGGUGUCGUCGGGCCGACCGCACAGAGACAGACGACCCAUCGACCACCAAGAUGAAGACGAGGAGGAGGAGGAAAUGGAGGAGGGGGUGGAAGUCGCUGGUGCUGCUACCCUCAACCUACCCUCGUCAGUGUUUGCGUCUGAAUUCGAAGAGGAGGUUGGAAUGCUGAACAAAGCAGCCCCCAUCUCAGGACCCAGGCUGGACAUGGAUCCCGAUAUUGUCGCUGCCCUCGACGAGGACUUUGACUACGACGACCCAGACAACCAACUGGAUGACGACUUCAUCAUCAAGGCCAACGACUUCACUGCACCUGUCGCCAUGGCCGGCGAUGACGACGACGAGUGGGAGGACACUGACUCGGACUCUGAUGGCGGCUUGUCCGGGGAGGAGGCGCACGGCGCGCGGGAGUUCAUGUUCAUGGACGAGGAGACCAAGAGUCGCUUCACGGAGUACUCGCUCACCUCCUCCGUCAUGAGGAGGAACGAGCAGCUCACGCUGCUGGACGACCGCUUCGAGAAGUUUUAUGAGCAGUUUGACGACGACGAGAUUGGAGCUCUUGACAACGCCGAGCUGGAGGGCUUCAUUGAACCGGACAGCGCCCGCCUCGAGGAUAUUAUCAAAGAUUACUUUGUACAAAAGAAAAAAGACUUCCAGAGACCCGACGACCUCGGUCCUAAGGAGCUGCCUGCAGUGAAAGAGGACGAGGAGGACGAGGAGGAUGAAGAUGAGCAGGAGAUGGAGACGCUCAUCAUCGAGGCACCAGCAGAAAAGUGGGACUGUGAGACCAUUAUCAGCACAUAUUCAAACCUGUAUAACCGCCCCAAAAUCAUUGCUGAUCCACCAAAGACCAAGCCCAUCCGAGUGUCCAACAGAACGGGCAUUCCACUGGAUGUCCUCCCCGGGCGGGGCCCGACGGCCAAACAGGCGGAGCGGAUGGAGCGCAUUAACGACUCGGACCUGCCCCGCACCGCCACCCAGCCCCGCCCCAAAGACGAGAGCCAGGAGGAGCGGAGAGCCAGGAAACAGGCCAUCAAAGAGGAGCGCAAGGAGAGGAGGACGGAGAAGAAGGCCAACCAAAUGGCGUUCAAACAGGAGAAAGCCCUACAAGAGAAGCAGAUGCUGGGCCUGCGAGCCAACGUUCAGGGUCUAAAGCUGUCCUAACCUUAUCCAGGGACUAUGGAGUCAAAGUACUUUGCCCUCAUAAAAGGAGAAUCAAUGGACUGCCUUGCCGCCUUUAACACUUCUGCAGAAAGGAACAUCCCUCUACCAACACUAGUGGAUUCUGGGGUGCGCGCCAUAUUUCAGAGUUGUUUUCCCCCCCACUCACACCUGAGGGUAAUGAUAAUAUUCUGUCUGCAGUUCACGA